AUGGUAAUUGAUUAUAAACAACGGCAUGAUUUAUCAGCGUUGCCAAUUUUUUAUGAUGCAGUUGGUUUGGAUUUAUGUGACGAAAUACAAUGUUCACAUAAAAUUAAUAGUCAAAAAUGUUUUUCGUCGUACAGCUCGGAACCAAUCAAAGAAAUUAUCUUGCCGUUACAAAUUACUUGCACAACAAUAAACAAUAAUGGAUUUGAAAUCAUCAGGCCUCUUCAAACAUUAGAUGAUUGUCUAGCAUCCCAUUUCCAGAAUGAAUACGUGGAAUCAUUCAGAUGUACAGACUGUAAUCAACAACGAAAAACCAAAAAAAUUUGUGUGUCGAAGACAACACCAUCAAUAAUUAUACAUUUGAAAAGAUUUAAUAAUAAACGUCAGAAAUUAACAUUUCCAAUUACUUUUGCUGAAACAUUGAAUCUUAAUCCGUUUUUUAACAAUAACAAUCAUUCAUCAUCACGAUUACCGUUAAGAUAUUUUUCAUUGUACGCUGUUAUUAUUCAUAUUGGUUCAGGUAUUGAUAAUGGUCAUUAUAUAAUCUAUGUAAAAUCACAUCAACAAGUAUGGAUGAAAAUCAAUGAUUGUCAUAUAACAAGUGUUACCCUUCAACAAGUAUUGAACAAAGAACAAGAUGCAUAUCUAUUAGCUUAUGCACAAGCAACAAAUAAUGAAUCUGACAAAGAAAAUCAUCAGAUAAUGAGACAUCAACAGUUGAAAUCAAUAGCAAUUGAUAAAAUGCAACAAAAACAUUUGUUAUCAAGAAAUAUUAAACAACUAGAAUUCGAUCUACAAGAACAACAACAACAACAAUCAUCGUCUGAACAUUAUCAAUGUCAUAGUAGAAUUAUUCUGGGUAAUACAACAAAUCAAGAACUGGUUUUGUCAACAGCAUCACCAGAAGCUCAAUUGUCCGAUUUAAACGAUGAUGAAGGUUAUCAAAAUAUUUUACAUGAUAUGAUUCAGAAGAAUUCUGUUAGCAUAUUGACAUACGAAGAAAACACAUCGUUUUUUCUUUGA